AUGGAAGCUGUGGAUGGCCUCGUAUCGAUCCCCUUUCUUCUCCGCGACAUGUUGGACUGGCACGCAGAUUCAGGAGGUGAUCCCCAGCCGCUUGUUGAGGUCGCCGAUGCAGAGUUUGUUCGAGAAAGGGACCAGGUCACCGACCGCGAGUUGCCCAGGUUUCUGACUGAAUUUUCAGCACUACUGGGCUUCCCUGUCUCGCUCAUCUUUACUCAGAUUCUCAAUAGACUUUAAAUUGAUGAUGCUUGGGAUGGAAUAGAAUGUCUGUCGUCAUUAUCACAGCACAACAUACUCUACUCUGCUACCAUGGACCGCCUCGAACCCUUCUCAUUGCUACCAAAAUGUCAUCACAGUUGAAGGGUUUAGUGAGUCCAUGAUGAUACAAUCGUAAGGAGGGACUGGAGUAGUAGCUCUACUCCUAGCUUUGUGUUUCAUGCCAGCUCUAAAACACUCCACCGCUUGCAGCCCAUUUUCACACUGCUCACACUUGGCUCCUCGCUUUGAAAGACUGGACACCGAUAUAACACAAAUAGUUGCCUAAUCAUCUACAACCAAGAAUGUUAGUCCAUCCAAAGGCAACUUCUUGUCCCUCCUUAGGGGUUUCACCACAUCAUCAUCAUGUUCUUCCUCAAUCUCCGAGCGCCCAGCAACAACCCGAGGUGUGAUGAUCAUCUGAUGCCUUGCAGCAGAAGCUGAACUCCUCCAGUCCUCAAAAGAGUCCCUUGGUUGGUGUUGUUGCCUUGUUUUUGUCAGCUGCUUUGAGAGCAUGGUUGUCCCUUCGAACUUAGGCAGAUAUUUGAUCACUUCAUUCAGACAAGAACCAAGAAAUGGUUUCAGCAGUAUCUAAUCGCUCGGAUCUGUCAAGUCCUUGUUAACAGUUCUUGAAUUGGGUUUGUCAAUCCAAACAACCUUGAAGCUAGAAUUGUGAAUCCCUCUUCGAAACUCUGUGACAACCUUGUGAAGUUCAUCGAACGGUCCAGCACUAACAUCAAUCACAAGCAUAACAAAUCCUCCUGACCCGAUUCUGCCGACGGGUUUUCCCUUGUGAGAAGAAGUCGGUCUCUCGUCCAAGUCUUUCAUGGCGCUCAAAGGAAGUUCCUUUGAUCUGCCACUGCUGGAGUUCACACUCCGUGAGCCCACCUAAGAUUUUCCUGAAGAACUGAGUGGAGAAUAGCUCUGCUUGGACUUUAUUUUCUGAGCAAAGGUUGGAGGUCUUUCCACUGCUCUACUGAUACCUUUAUCCCCAACUUCUCCAUCAACUUCUGUGAAGCUGCUCGUCGUGCUUCAUUAUGAAUCAUGAGAACUACAUGGGACUCGUCACCCAGGGGACUGGGAACGAACAUGGUCAAGCGUGGACUUGGGUUACAAUUGGCCAAGCCUGGAGCAGCAGCUGAAGUUCUUAUGGUUCCACUUGAUCAAUUUUGACACCCAUUUGGAGCAACCGUCUGGAUGCGAAGCUAUGAUCCGGCUCUCCAAACUUGGUUGUUGAGCCCUGGCUCGGACCACGAUUUGCCCUUCGUCAGUGUACUUCACAACAUUGCUCACCAAGUUCCAUAGCACCUGUUUCAGCUUUUCCCUGUCGCCUCUUACAUGACCAAACUUGAGAAUCGAGACAUCUGAAAGAUCUAGCACCAGAUCGACGCCUUUUUCCCAUGGCCAUAGGAUGAAAUAAAUUGACUACAUCCUCUAGAACUCCUGCUACCUCUAAUUCUUCUUCUUCCAGUUGCAUCUUGCCUUCUUCAAGCUUGCUUGUGUCCAGAAUGGCAUUCAAGAAACCUGGAUGAUAAUGAAAGCAGCAGCGUCAUGAAUUGACGAUGAAUGUCAUUUCCAUCCAACCCCAUUUCCAAAUCCUUACCUACUAAGUCCUUUGUGGAAUCAUGAAUGGCUUUCAGGUUUGUUGCUGUAGCUAAAUCUUGAGGCAAAUCUCAUCGCAAUCCUGUAUGAAACCAACAAUGGGUGUCAACAAGUUACGAAUCUCGUGACUUGCAGUGGCAAAGCCCUUGCUAUGAGCAGCAGAAAGCCAAAGAUUGAGACGAAAACUGUAGCUAUCAUUAUCAUCAACAGGCCGAAAGCAAAUCUUCUCCCCCUACAAACUGCAGCACUUCCCUGUGACUCGUCAUUUGGAAAAGCCAAUGCAUAGACCUGAAGUUAAAUAUCAGCAUUCCACCGCCCAUAAUGCAGGUGACAUUAUUGCCAGCAACAACAAUGGAUAUUGAGUUGCUAUUCAUGGUUACAAUCUGAGAUUCUGGAAUCCCUUCUAAAAGCACUUGAUUACCAUCUCUCGUGGCCAACUGCAGCUUCCCUCCAUGAAGGUCAAUGCUAGUGAAGAAAUGUGUGAGAGUUUCUGCUGAAAUUCCCAGCAAGACUGCCGCUUUACGAUGCACACCGAACAUGGUGAUGAACAUGAGGUCUUCAUCUUCAGAACUGCUGUUACAUCCUCUGCCCACUAAAGCAUGCUGCUGGUUGCUACUAUGCAAAGCGUCCCGAGCCCACCUCCUGAUGGCUACAAUUGGGAAGCUGGAUUUCUUAGCAUUUCCAUAUAGUUUUCCUGUGUUUGAAUCAACUGGUUGCUUAUAAACCGUGUGGCCCAUAUAGUACAUUGCAGAACUUUUGUUUCCCUCAUAGUAGUAAGAGAAGAAAGGGUCGUCCAAUCCAACAUAUGCAAUCUGUGAGAUGUAAGGUAGUGUUGCGAAUGCGUGGAACAACAAAGGAGCCACCUUUUCGGCGGGAACAACCAAAAUCAUUUAGUUAAUGAAGGAACUCCAUG